UAUUCCACACACACCGUAUUUAUUUCAAAGUUAAUUUUCUCUCUCUUCACCAAAGAAAUCUGGAAAACUCUCUCAUUCUCAAACAAACCCUAGCCGCCGCCUCCUCCUCCUCCUCCUCCCUCCUUCAGUGUGUCUCCGGCGGUCGUUACAUUUCUCCACCAUCUUCAUCCUCUCUUUUUCAUCUGUAAUUAUACUCUAUCAAAUUUAUUUCAAGUCAAAGAUGAUUUUAAAUUUCCCUACGACCAUCUUUUCGGCUAGAUCUUGACAUCCACGUACAAGCUUUUGAAAAUCCAUCACCAUAAAAAGAGUCCCCUCCAUCUUCUCUACAAAACCCAUUUAAAAAUAUCAGGAACGGACAACCUUCGCCGGAGCUUGCAACCACCGCGCCGGAAAAGAACUUAAACCUUGGCUGUUGUCUUCAUCAAGAAAAGAAACAGAAGCUGUAAUCGUCUCCAUUUCACAAGAUAUGAACUCAGUUGUAAGACGUUUAUCCGGCUUAUUCAGACAGUCUGGUUGUGUAACUCAACCUUUUAAUGCUCAGCAUCAUCAACUGCAGCAGCUUCAGCCAUGCAGAGGCAUACGAGUGCAAGUCUAUAAUGGAAACCUGGAAGGGGCAUUGGCAUUGAUGCAGCGUAAGAUGACAUCAAGUGGGAUCGAGAGGAUGAUAAAGAAGGAACAAAGAUUCCAUAUCAAAAACUCUGAGAAGCGUGUUUUAGCCCGAAAGAGCUUGGAGCGUAGGCUUCGAUCAGAGGAUCUUGCUAGGAAACUCAAGUCCAUUAUGAUCAAGAAAGUCAGGGGUCUUUGAGGCACUGUUAUUGAGAAAAAAGGGUUGGUGUAAGCUGCAACUAUGCAGUAUUUUUGUAGGUGACAAUCACAGCUGAAAUACAUUCUUCCAAAUUGUUCACGGGGUAAUAUGUACUUUGGUAGAUAUGCUUUUAUGUGUGAGAUGCAUCUUUGCAAUCUAACCAACUAGGAAGACAAAUAAAGUAGGUGUUUUGCGAUGAACAACAGACAUGCUUUAUAUUUUUGGUUAAGUCCUGACUUUGAGUGAAUAUAUAUGUUGAACUCCCCAAGUUAUGAUGGUACUUUCCUUCCUUUAUACCUGUAUUCUGGUUUGAUAUGAAAUAUAUGUGAUACCGCAUAUCCAUGAUAUAGCAUCGUGUAUCCUCGAUAUUGCAUGUCUUCAAUAUCGUGUAUACAUGAUAUCAUGCAUAUAUGACUCGUGGGAUGUGGUAAUUUUUCUACUCA